GAGAAGGAGGAGGCUGCAAGGAAGAAGAUGCCCAGGGAGCCCCAGACAGGCACUGAGCUGAGGAUGGAGACCAGGAAGGAUGAGUCACCACAGCAGAACCUCAUGGAUGAGGCCAUUUUGAGCAGCUCCACAGCACAGGAAUCUAACGGGGAAGAAAAGUCCCGGAGAUCCCUCACGAGGAGGGGCUGCAAAUGCAGAUCACGGGGAUCUGAGGAGGAAAGACCCACCCUGGGCUGGGAAGGUGGCCAGAGCUCAGAGCUGGGGGUCCAUGAGCAGCUUCAGGAUGGGGAGAAUCCACACCAGUGCUCAAAGUAUGGGAAGAGCUUCAGGUGGAGAUCGGAACUGAUCCGCCGCAGGAGAAUCCACACAGGGGAAUGGCCAUACAAGUGUGGAGAAUGUGGAAAGAGCUUCAGGAUGAGCUCUGAACAGACCAGACACCAUAGGAACCAGACAGGGGAACAGCCCUACAAGUGUGCCAUGUGUGGGAAGAGCUUCUGCGACUGUGCCAACCUGAUCAAACACCUGAGGAGCCACAUGGGUGAACGGCCCUACAUGUGUGAGGAGUGUGGGAAGAGCUUCAGCCAGAACUCCCACCUGAUUGUCCACAUGAGGAGCCACAAUGGGGAGAGACCCCAGAAGUGCAGGGAGUGUGAGAAGAGCUUCGGCCACAGCCUCAGCCUGAUUGUCCACCUGAGAAACCACAGCAGGGAGAGGCCCUACAAGUGUGAGCAAUGCAGGAAGAGGUUUCUGAGCCGUCCUCCACCACCAGCUCAUUCACACAGAGGAGAGACUCUUCCACUGCCCUGACUGUGGGAAGGGCUUCAACCACAACUCCAACCUCAUCAGGCAUCUUCACAUCCACACCAGUGAGAGGCCCUAUAAGUGUCCCGAGUGUGGGAAGAGCUUCUCACAGAGUGGUAACUUGACCAGACACCAACGGAGCCACCACUAAGGGAAGCCCUGUGUUGAAGAUUGCAAUGCAAGAUGUUUCCCAUUACCAUCUGUAUGGCAGAUUACCUUUGUGAAGUUGACAGUUUACCUUAUCUCUCUUUUUGAGUGACCACAUUCACACCUCCCUGGGGAGGAGACAUCUGCUGAUAACAGACUAUUGAAUGUCACUGCAUGACUGAUAAGAACUAUAACAUCCCAUUGUGAGAUGCUCUGCCCAGAGGCAGGAGCCAAGCAUUGCUACCCAGAUAUAAUCCAGAAGUUUUUUAAACACCAGCAGGGCUUUCUCCAUGGGAUUCCCCAGAGGAAGAGCAGCUGCCUCUUCUUACACUGGAUCUUCAGAAGAAGAAUACAUCCUGCUCUACAGAUCCCCCUUGCUCCAACAGGACCACACCUGAUACUUCAGGAGGACUGUAGCCACAGUUGCAAUUGGACUGCCACCCACAGGGUGUCAGGUUGG